AUGGCAAUAACAUCGGGUGAGCGCGUCUUCCAAGGCACCGCGCAAGUGAAAGGAGAUGCAUCAGGAAAGCUCAUGGCAAGCGAUCUGGAGUUGAGCUUCUGGGGUGGCGUAAACCCCCAGACAAGCGAAAUUAUUGACCGCCACCACCCGUUGAGUGGUCAAUGCCUUCAAGACAAUAUCCUCGCAAUUCCUGGUGGUCGCGGUUCUUGCACCGGUAGUGCGGUUAUGUUGGAGCUGCUUCUCAACGACAAAGGACCAAAAGCCAUGAUAUUUGAGCGGCAGGAAACCAUUUUGGUUCUCGGGAUUAUUGUUGCUGAAGAGAUAUUUGGAAAGACCAUACCCGUUGUGAUGCUGGAUCCGAAGGACUUUCGCGAAAUCCUCCGGUUCAAUGGCACUGACAUUUAUAUCAGAAACAGCCAAGUCUCAGUUGGCCCAAAAGCUUGGCCCAAUGAUACCGCAAGCCUGACUAGAGCAUCUGUCAACGUCGAACUCUCGGAUACUGACAGAGCUUUUUUGAAAGGCGAGUUUGGCGAUGCCUCCCGCGCAGCAAUGAAUAUAGUGCUACGGAUGGCAGGCAUCCUAGGGGUGAGUGAACUUAUGGACGUCUCCCAGGUCCACGUCGAUGGAUGCGUCUACACUGGGCCAGGCUGUCUUCUUUUCGCAGAAGAUCUAUGGGAUCGGGGAGGCAAAGUCAGGGUUCCAACAUCUUUGAAUUCCAUCUCGAUCGACAAGAAUUUGUUCCAGGUUCAAGGGGCCAACCAGGAAUUCACAGCAGCAGCUGGGAAGCUAGCAGAUGCCUAUACCGAUAUGGGGGCACGUUCAACUUUCACAUGUGCUCCAUAUCAACUUGACAGUGCUCCAAAGUUCGGGGACCAAGUUGCUUGGGCCGAGUCCAACGCCGUCGUCUAUGCAAACAGUGUGCUAGGGGCGAGAACUAUGAAAUAUCCUGAUUUCCUCGAUAUAUGUGUCGCCCUGACUGGCCGUGCCCCGAAAGGCGGUCCACACGUGCAAAUCAACAGGAUGGCCUCACUCAUCGUGAAUGUUGAGGGCAUUGAGAACGCCAACAUUGACGAUUCAUUCUAUCCUCUUCUCGGCUACCGCGUGGGAGCCUUGGCACCAAGCCAAAUCCCUGUGAUAGUAGGUAUCAAAUCGCUGGCUCCAUCCAAAGAUGAUAUGAAGGCCUUUGGGGCGGCAUUUGCGACGGUAUCAAGUGCCCCCAUGUUUCACAUUCUUGGUGUCACCCCCGAAGCAGUGGAGCUUGGGGCUGUGGUUGCGAAAGGUCCCGACGUACGCUCCAUCAGCGUACAUCUGAGUGAUUUGAUCGGGUGCUGGGAUGAACUGAAUAGUGCAUCAAAAGACCAACCAGUUGACCUGGUGUCCCUGGGCAACCCUCACUUCUCGUUUGACGAAAUUCAAACGCUCAGUGGGCUCUGCCGAGGCCGCAAAAAGGACAAAGAUGUCGCCAUUGUGGUGACAUGCGCCAGAUUCACUUACAGUGCAGUUUGCAACGCCGGAUUGCUUGAUGAACUGGAGGAAUUCGGGGUUCAGUUCGUCACGGAUACCUGCUGGUGUAUGAUCACCGACCCAACCAUCCCCCGCUCCAAGAGUGCAAUUAUGACCAACUCUGGGAAAUACGCUCAUUAUGGCCCUGGACUCACUGGCAAGAGCUUCUAUUUUGGAAAUCUUGCCAGUUACUAG